GAAAGCUAAGGCCGCGUUGGGGUGAGGCCCUCACUUCAUCCGGCGACUAGCACCGCGCCUGGCAGAGCUAUCUCAGUACUCGCUCACGCCAUGGCCUCCAUCUCAGAGCUCGCCUGCAUUUACUCAGCCCUCAUUUUGCAUGACGAUGAGGUGACCGCCACGGAGGAUAAGAUAAAUGCCCUCAUUAAAGCAGCUGGUGGAAAUGUUGAACCUUUUUGGCCUGGCUUAUUUGCAAAGGCCCUGGCUGAUGUCAACACUGGGAGCCUCAUUUGCAAUGUAGGGGCUGGUGGACCUGCUCCAGCAGCUGGUGCUACACCAGCAGGAGGUCCUGCCCCCUCCACUGCUGCUGCCCCAGCUGAGGAGAAGAAAGUAGAAGCAAAGAAAGAAGAAUCUGAGGAAUCUGAUGAUGACAUGGGCUUUGGUCUUUUUGACUAAAUCUUUUUUGUAAUGUGUUCAAUAAAAAGUUGAA